AUGUCGUGGCGUGAACGUGAUCUGCAGUAUCAACAACCACCCAGAAGACAGUCGACUGCUGAGUACAAUUUGAACGGUGGUCGAAACGCGUUUCGUAUGGCAAGCGCCUUCAGCGAGGCUUGGGAUGCAGCUGAUGCGAUCGAUGCGACCGAAAUUCUACGGCAGCAUUCAGCGAUGCGAUCGUUCACGGAAUCUGUCGAUUCGGACUUGCCACCCGCACCUGAACUGCCGCAAAGUCUGGACAUCGAUUAUCAAUACCCAACACCGUCGAUGACUGAAAGUGACACUGGCGAUACAAUUGUAGAAGUGGUGCGUCAAUUUAGAUCGAGCAUUAUCUCGAAAGCACCUGAGGACGAUGCUACCACGACGGAUUACGACAAAACGCUGGGUGCAACUCAGAAAUACCCAAUGAUGGUACCUGGACCAGGUCAUGCUGAUGCUGAGCAGGAAAUGCACGAGAGUCUUCUGGCGAAGGAGGAGGAAAGCUCGGAGAGUGAUCUUGAGGUUCGCGAACAACUAAGGAACGUCGAACAAGUUAUCACUGCUGCUGCGCGAAGUAGUGGUGCUCCGAGAAAGGUAACGAGAUAA